CUCCCGCGUUGCCCCUGCAAGCGCGGGAUGAAGUCCUGCAAACCCAGCGGCCCGGCGGCUGCAGCGCGCCCCGCGCCCCCGUGCGUGGGCAGCGCCGAGUGCGCGGGCACAUGCUCCGGGGCCGGUAGGCUGGAGAGCGCGGCGCGCAGGCGCCUGGCGGCCAACGCGCGCGAGCGGCGCCGAAUGCAGGGGCUCAACACGGCUUUUGACCGCCUGCGCAGGGUGGUGCCCCAAUGGGGCCAGGAUAAAAAGCUCUCCAAGUACGAGACGCUGCAGAUGGCGCUGAGCUACAUUAUGGCCCUGACCCGGAUCCUGGCCGAGGCCGAGCGAUUGAGCUUGGAGCGGGACUGGCUCAAUCUCCACUGUGAGCACUUCGGCCGCGACCACUACCUCGCGUUCGCGGGCGCGAAGCUGCCAGGCGAGAGCGAGUCCUACGGCCAGAAGCUCUUCGGCUUCCAGCCCGAGCCCUUCCAGAUGGCCAAUUAG